UAAAUGAGAACUUGUUCUCAACUGGCCUACCUGGUUAAUAGCUAGUUAGCUAAGAGACAAAAAAAAGACAGAACACAGAAAUUUCAGCAAGAAAUAUUUUAAAAAACGCUCCAGAAAUAUGAUUAUAUUAAUAUACUGAGAUAAUGAUAAAACCAGCGACUUCGAUGCAAAUAUGGCUAAAAUCAGGCUGACAGGACGCGAUCAGAACAUGAAGCUAUGUAUCGGGUAGGAAGUAAAGCGGAAAUGGGCGUUGCUACAUUGUGCAAAAUGUCCAAUGGCCCCUCUUUAAUGGCCGCAAAAUUGUUGUAAACUCUGGAUUGGGAAACUAUAAGUGCACUUGAGUAGAAUGCACCGAUCUUUUACUGUAACACAAUGUACAGGCAAUAAUUUAUGGUGCAAUAAGUGAUUAUUAUGACACGUAAUUAUUAUUUGUAUGAUAAGUAGUAUAACAUAUAUUGAUAAUUGUGCACAUUUACCAUCAUUUUCUCCCUAAUUAUUAAUUUACAAAGUAUACAGGACAGGUCUCUUAUUCUGAAAGAUUCCAAAAAUCUAUGACCCGGAAGUACUUAUUCUUGCCUGCUUUACGGUGGUCAGGGCACAAAGGUAGCUAGCUGUAACUUGCAUUAUCUAAACAUGUCUAAAAUACAGUUGUUGAGGGUGUUUCUCAACGAGCGAUUAGCAGUUGCUGUUGAUGAGAUCUUCGGGGCAGUUGAAAAAACAAUAACUGAGUACCAGGAAGAAGUUUCCCGUUCAAAGGAUGAAAACGAUCGUCUGCAAAGGCUGCUUGAAAUCGCCCUUAAACCGGAGUUAAAGCUGCACAGAGCAGACCUCCAGCAGCUCACUUUCCGUGUGUCUGAAGAGGAGGUUCACCCUGAUCAGCAGAAGUGUGUGCAGGAGUGGAGCCCCAGUCUGAGACAGGAGGACCCAGAGUUUACACAGAUUAAAGAGGAGCAGGAGGAACCCAGAACCAGUCAAUGGGAAGAGCAGCUUCAAGGGCUAGAAGAUGAUAGCAAAGACUCCAUAUUCAUUCCUGCUUGUGUAAAAGGUGACUGUGAUGAGAACCCAACUCUGCACUCAUAUCUUUAUGAUGGUCAAAAUGAAGUUAACGGAGAGAGAGUCUCUCUACCCAGCACCUCAACUAAACCGAUCAAUACCGAACCCUACGAAGAGGAUUACCUGGUAUCAGAACUAACCAGUGACUCUCAUACUCUCGCUGCAGUAGACUGUUCUGCAGUUCAGAGAGAAAACAGUGCAACUGUCAAUGGGAUGGAAAGUGGAGUCCCUCAGUCAGGUUUUAAGCGAGGAAAAUCAAAUAAAACAUGGACAGUAAAAAGACAGAGCUAUCGUGCCAAUAAUAAGGGUAGGAAUUCCACAAAGUCCUCCAUUCUGAAAUCACCUAGUCAAAGUCAUAAUGCUCCUUGUCAUUGUAAGGUGUGUGGCAUGUCUUUUCAUUACAUGGGUUCUUUAGUGAAUCAUGUGCAAACUCAUACAAUGGAUAAAGAACAUCCUUGUGGUGUGUGUGGAAAAUGCAUCGAAUCCACAGAAAGUAUGAAAGAUCACCUUCAAAUUCACAGUGCAGCUAAGUUUUCUUGUAAAGUUUGUAGUAAAUGUUUUACAAGGAAUAGUAAGCUGACAGUGCACAUGAGGACUCACACAGGAGAGAAACCACAUCACUGUCGUGAUUGUGGCCAAAGAUUCAGCACUGGGUCCCAUCUUAGAGUGCACAUGAGGACUCAUACAGGCGAGAAACCAUAUGUCUGUCCUGAUUGUGGCAUAGGCUUCUUUCAGAGUGAACAUCUGAAAGCACACAUUAGGAUCCACACAGGAGAGAAACCAUACCAUUGCCGUUUUUGUGACAAAUGUUUCAGGACUGGCACCAAUCUGACAGGUCAUAUGAGGACACACAGGGGAGAAAUCAUUUAGCUGUAUUCUGUCUGAGAAAAUAAUGUUGGUGGUCUGAACUUAGCAGAAGUUGGAUUUUGUCAUUGUUGGACAUUAUGUCAGUAUCUAAGAAGCGCUAUUUACGCAAAGAUUACAUUGUAUUCUUUAUGACAAAAAAACUCAAUAUAAAAACAUAAAUCCUCGCUAUAUCUGCAACUGUUAUACCCCUGAACAGGGGAAGUAUAGAAAUAAAUCACACGGAGAUGUAGCUUCGGCUUCAAGUCAUUUGUAAUGAGUGUUUUUCAUAUAAAAUCAUCAACCAUUUACAUGGGGCGGCAGGUAGCCUAGUGGUUGCAAGAUCGAGUCCCCGAGCUGACAAGGUAAAAAUCUGUUAUUCUGAACAAGGCAGUUAACCCAAUGUUCCUGGGCUGUCAUUGAAAAUAAGAAUAUGUUCUUAACUGACUUGCCUAGUUAAAUAAAGGUAAAAUAUAUUUUUUAUUUUUAAAUGUACAAAAUAGAAUGUUUCACAAAUGCACAAAAUAUCUUCUCUCAAAUGACAUAGCUGUUACAACUGUUCAAUAAACCAGUAUUGUCUUAUUUAUACAUUA